GACGUCUUCAGUUUCAUUCCAAAGUAGGGAGUUCUUUGAAAAAUUACAGCUGCUCAGAACUGUGUGGAGUUCUACUCAUUUGCCACGUAAAGAAUGAUAAUAUAGCUGUAAUUAAAUUAGCGGAAAGAUCCAGGAAGUCAGUGUUCCAAAAUGAUUGAUUAACGAUAGUACCCGCCAGCGCUCUUCUUGGGAAAGAAAAAGAGCUUUAAGUAGAAUGAAUGGACAUUCGUUGACAGUGAGUGGAGAAAGAUGUUCGAUUUGCGACAAGUUACUGAAGCAUAAAUGGGAGAUUCACUGAAAGAUGUGUGGCUGAUACACAGGAAAAUACUUGGCUGCAUUAAAAUAGACGACUGAUAUGUCGCGUGAAGGUACUUUCUUAUAUUGCUGGAAAGUAGAAUUGACAAAAAAGUAAAACCUCUUCGUGUUGACGAGAAAGUGUUAGAGCCGGAUGUGCCUCGGGUGUGAACAACAGGCUUAGCGUCUGCUCGAAUUGCAUGUUUGUAGUUCAGUGCAGUAGCAUCUGUUCUGUUAUCAUAAAGUUAAAUGCGAUUGUAACAUGACAUAUUGCUGCGAUCGGUGCAGGUAACUACGUGUUGUAAAUAUGUCUGCUAGCAGUCGUUUGGAUCGUGUUUACCGAAAUAUUUUACAGACAAAAUUUUUUACGAAAGGUUGGGGGAAUACAGAAAAUCUGAAAAGGUUGUUUGAAUUUAGAAAAGUGGUUUCAAGGCGAGAAUCUUGUUUUAACUUGGUACCCUCGGAUUAUCCCGUAUCUGUGUUCAAAGAUGAAACUGUGGGAGACUAUAGGAUCCUUGAAGGAAAAUUUUUGUCACCAUUUGUGAAGCACCUGCCCAACAUUUUGCCUAAAGAAGCAGAAACUGCCUAUUUUCAGGCUGUUCUCCCAGCUGAAUGGCAAUCAAAGCAAUACAGACCAGUAUGCAUACAUUUGGCUGGUACAGGUGACCAUGGAUACUGGAGGAGAAGACAAAUAAUGGCUAAACCACUUAUAAAGGAAUCUGGUAUUGGUGCUGUAUUGCUGGAGAAUCCAUUUUAUGGCCAGCGAAAGCCUAAGGAUCAAGUUCGUUCCAGUCUCCAUAAUGUUUCUGACAUAUUUGUUAUGGGUGGUUGCCUGAUACUAGAAUCUCUGGCAAUUCUUCACUGGUGUGAGAAGUCUGGGUUUGGACCCCUUGGUUUAACUGGAAUAUCAAUGGGAGGACAUAUGGCAUCACUGGCAGCUACAAAUUGGCCAAAGCCUAUUGUACUAGUUCCUUGUCUGUCUUGGUCUACAGCAUCAUCUGUUUUUACUGAGGGAGUUAUGAGUGAGUCCAUCAACUGGGAUUUGCUUGCAUCACAGUACUUUUCUGAUGACACCUAUAGAGAAGAAAUUCGUAAAAUGGUGAAUGUGAAAGAGGAUGCAUUCCGAGCUGGACAGCAUUUUGCGAAGCAUUACCCUCAGAGUUUGGAUCGUGUCAAUGAACUUAGAAGAGAGUCACAGGUCACAGAUGCAGGUGAUAACAGUAAGGAGGUAAACAGUUCAGAACCAGUUAAAACCAGUGCAGGCUCUUUAAAUGUAACUUUAAUGUGUAAAGACAAAGGAGUGUUCACGUUUCAAAAACAAAACGGAAAUUCAGGUGCCUCCUCUAACCAGAAUUCAUCACUUGAUGUGUCAACACCAUCUGUAAAUAAACAGGAAACAGUUAAUGUUGGAGAAGUGUCACAUGUGCAGAAUAACAUUCAGGAGUGCUGUAGAACUGUUAGUGGAAACAUAAAUAAGUUAGACAAUGGUAUUCCAUAUACUCAUAGUGUGGUAUCAAAAUUAAGUAGCAACAUAUUAUCAGUGAACAUUGUUAACCAGAACCUGCCAACAACCAAAAUAAAGGAAUUACUGAGGGAUCUGAAACUCCUAGAAUCUUGGAGGAAGAAUAAUGAAGACCAGAAAAAGAAAGGUAGUACUCAGCAUCUCAAGAGGAAGCGUGAAUAUGAAGUUCUCCAGUUUAUGCGCGGCAUUAUGGAUGAGUGCACACAUUUGCAAAACUUUGAUGUUCCCGUGGAUACCUCAUUAAUUAUAGCUAUUUGUGCACGUAAUGAUGCCUAUGUACCUCGUGACAGUUGUACUCACCUUAGUGAAAUAUGGCCUGGUGCAGAAAUACGUUACAUUGAUGCUGGUCAUGUGACUGCAUAUGUGCUUCAUCAGAGUAUUUUCAGAGCAGCAAUUGUGGAAUCUUUUGAACGUCUCAGAAAGAAGUACUAUUUGUGAUCAGAAGCUGGUAACUGUCAUAGUGAAACAAUUAAAUGUUGUUGUGGAAGGUGGCUUUUAAAUUGUAUUAAUUUAUAUUUUUUAUUGUAAAUAAUGGUGCAAAUUAUUUUCAUCAGUAAACUUAAUAGAUUUAGACAAAAAUAAAUAUUAAAGAAUUCUGUACUGUGGUUUAAAAAUGACAGAAAAAGAUAGAGAGCAGUGGUGAUGUACAAACAAUGCACAAGAAGUAUCAUGUUGAUGUUAAAAAGUGGAUAUCAUUGUUGAAUUGUAGUAUUAAUAUCAUUAUUACAAUUCCUUGUUUUAGCACAUGAACAUCUGGGGUCCAAAAAUGACUGACUGGCAAUUUAUCAAUCACUCAUUUUACAUCAGUCUUUUUACAUCAGUCUUGUAAAACUGCAAAGUGUUCAUGCCAUUUAAGUAUUUUGUAAGAUUGUAACAAAAUUGCAUCAAAUUAUUUUUUAAAGAUUUUUCAAGGACAGUCACAAGAUGUAAAUGAAUAAAUUACUGCCAUUUACUAAAGAUUUCAGAAACUAUUUAGUAGCAUAGCAGUUCAUUUUGAACAGGGGGCAUUCUACUUGAUUUAUACAGAAAUUUUGUAAACUUAACUUUGUAACUGAAGACUGCAAUUUUGGAUCUUGAUUGAACAUAAUAUUGUUGGGAAUCAUAUUUCAGCAUCACUUGUGUGAGUGGGCAAACAUGAGUAUUUUGAAAUCAGAUUAUUAUUAUUAAUACUUUUUUACAUUAUGACUGCUAAAAUUGAAAUAUAACUGUUUGUAACUAAAAUAACAAUAAAUGUGUUCAACAAAUA